GGAAGAAAGGUGAAAAACAUGGCCAUCAGCGGGCUAAAAAUGAGAUAAAAUAAGAACUUAGCCGGUACUUUUUGAUGAAGUAACUGUAAUUGAAAUUCAACCAAUUAUAAUUGAAGAGGUACCAAGAGGUAUUAUUUAUAUGAAGUCACACUUUCAAAAUUUUGUUAUUUUAAGUUCCAAUUCAUUAACAGUAUGUCGUGGGUUUUAAAAAACCAAGUGGGGGUAAUACUGACCCGGGCCCUUGUCCCAGAAGUGAGAGGUUGGGAUUAAAAAAAUAUUUAAAAUAUUAUUGUUCUGUUGUAAGACAAAUUUGGUAUCAAAUGAAAGAUAAUUGAAUGGACUAUAAGUUUAUAAACUUACUUCUUCAGUUUAAUUAAAAUAAUCUAAGACAAAUGACAUCCGAACCCAAUAGUAAUAGUAUUUAAGUAUUUAUUUUUUUAGUCUAAAGUAAAUAGUAAGUAAGUUUAGUAAAGUUAGAUACUUUGGUCAAAAAUGUAAACAUUUAAAAAAAAUAAACCAAUGGCACAGUUGAAUAGAGCUAAUUUUAAACAGAAUUAUAACACCAAAAUCAUAUUUUUAGCUGUUGUAGUUUUAAAGUUAUGAAUUUUUAAAGUACGACUUGGUUUGUCAUUUUUUAACAUGGACUGCAUCUCCACAUUCUGUGACCUCAUUCCACUGAUCGCGUCAUGCGCAAUGACUAUAUAGUUUAUAUAAGGCAACACAUUCCCUAUCACUAAAAUACUGUUUAGGGUCGACUUAUUUUAAACUUUCAACUUUGGCACAUGAAUAAUUAAUAAAAGCUUUCCCUGACCAAUGGUUUAAUAGCUUUUGCACACGGCAAACUCUUAUGAAUGAAACUCUGAGAUAGUACUACAACGUAGCCGUUAUGCAAGUGGCUGUGAAUGGUUGCCAAUGACAACGUGUUGCACAGGGAAAAUUCUGAUCAUUUAUAUUAUGGACUCUGCAGGGUUUUUAAAGCUCAAAUUAAAAAAAUUCCAGUUUAAAUGUCUUCAAAAUGCAUUCUGAAACACAAAAUAUAAAAUAUUUUGAUGUAUAUAGUGGUAAUAAUUAAAUAUUUCCUAAGUAUCGGCAACUUCCGCCAUUAAAAAGGGGGCGUGGCCCACGCCAUGUCGAAAUUAGGCUGAGCCACCUUAUGGUGAUAUGGGUCACUGUGACAAGUGUAACAAACGUGAGACACGACCUACAUCAAUGAAACUUGGCACAGAUAUAGAUCAAUAUCUAAUGCUCAUACAGAUUUAAUCAAAAAGGACCUUAUCUUAUUAUUUCACAAAAAAUUUUGUAUGCGAAGAUGCCUUAUAUAUACCAAAGAUUUUCAAAAUAAAGGUCGAUUGAAAAAGCAAAAUAGCUGGCUAGAAAUGUAGGCCAAGAUGUCUUCCAAAUUAUAAGGCCGGAAACGGAACUCAAAUAUAUGUGGAAAGAACUAAUUUAAUAAUAAAUAGACACACACAUCGGAAAAUUAAAAACUCGGAUUUUUCGGCGCCGACAGCCAUUUCCGAUACAAAAAAAAUAGUAGUCUCCCUUGUUUCAUCGAAGUAUCUAAGUAAAGGGAGGAAUAGCAGCUAUGUGUGUCCGGGUCCCUUUAUUUAGACUAAAUGCUAUUCGGAUGUCAUUUGUGGUAGUUUAUUUUAGUUAAACUGAAGAAGUAAGCUUGCAUGAACAAUGAACUGGCACCGUCCUAUCUCAAAGAGCUGCUGACGCCUUAUGUACCCACUAGAAAACUCCGCUCAUCUGAUAGUGGCAAACUCUCGAUACCACGUGUUCGCCUUGAGACUUACAAGGGGUGUACUUUCGCAUUUGCUGGCCCAACAAUUUGGAACACUCUUCCUGUCGCUCUCAGAAACAGCCAGUCACUGGAGUCUUUCAAAACUGAUCUGAAGACAUAUCUAUUUCCUGCAGGGAUGAAGUUGUCUAUCUAGCUAUUAUCUUGUAGAUGUGUAUUGGCCUGUGUUGUUUAUGGUUGUUAGGUAUGAAAAACUUAGAAUGGGUAUUCUCGUACAUAGUUUUUUCCAAUCCAAUGUUGCAUUUUGUAUUUCAAUGUGGUAUAUUAUAAAUUGUUUCAUUUCUAUUUUAAUAUACUAGACGAUGUACCGCGCUUCGAGCCUUUGGGGAUGAAGCGUGAUUUUCAAAUAAACUUUAUUAUUAUAAUUAUUAUAUUUAUCAUUUCCUUCUCACAUAUAAAAUAUAUUCUACUUAUAGUACUUAUAGGCCUAUAAGUACUAUUGGAAUUGCAUGCAUGUAGCAUUUUUGUGUGCUUUACUCUGGGUAUUUAUUAGAUAACUACCUAGGGUGGAUAGGCAGCGUAGGAGUUAAGGUGUACAUGAUAAGGGAAAGAUUAUGGGGAAAUUGGUACUGUAAGUGUAAGUAAUAAGGGUGGAGUGGAGGAGGUGAUUAAACUUAAACUGUAAAUUGACUUAAUAAUGGCAGGUGAAGGUACCGGGUAAUAGACAAAAUAAAAAAGGGUGUAGGUGAGCCGUGAUGAGGAUAAAGUCUAGGGCAGGUUUAGACUAGAGUGAGAAGGAAAGGGUAGAUUAGGUUGAUGGGGGAGAAAGUAAAGAAGCCAGAUGAUAGCAUGAGGGAACAGAGAGUUAUGGAGUUGUUGGUGGGAGAAAGCAGGGGAAGGGUUUGAGGUAGUAGGGGAAAUGCCUGGCUGAGAUCCAAGGGUAGGUUGAAUGGGAUAAGUAUAGGAUAGUUCGGAAUUAAGGUAAAGGGUCCAUAGUUUGGUCUCACAAAGAGAUAUAACUUGAUAUUAAAAUUCAGUUAUCUUUUUUACCCAAAUUUCAGAGGAAUGGAGAAAGAAAAAUGUAGAUAUACAAUUUUAAAAAAUAAAAUAGUCUUAGACUUGGUAAAUGUACUCCGUACUUCCAAUACUUCAAUCCAUCUAUUUUAAGGAGUGAAAAUCACCUACAUUAAUUAUAAGUUGAAAUUCCAAGCUAUUAUGCAUUAGACCAGAGUUCACAUUUUUUUCACACCUGUACUGUGUAAUACUUUCACUUGAUGUUGAUUCUUAGAACUACCACAGUAAGUUUUGAUCACAGAUAAAUGAAAACAAACCCAACACAAACCAAGCCCCAUCCUGACCAGAGAGAGGGUACUAAAAAUUGUUAAUCUGAUUUUUGACACAGUCAAAUACUUGUUGAUCAUAAGAUACUUAAAUUAAAAAAAAGCUGUUCUAUUAUUAUAUCAAAGUACUUUCUUGAUUGUAUGUUUUAAUAGGAAUUUAAACCAGGGUGAGAAGAAACUUCAGUCCAGGCUAUUCCCUUGUUUAAGAUAAUAAGCACUUGUAAAAAAUUUUUAUUUCUAGCUUAUUAUAUAUUUAAAUGCCCAUGCAACCCAAAUCUUUUUGGCCCACUUCCAUCGGCGAUCAAGCGUGCAUCGUACCUGUUCAAAACACCAGUAAUGUGAAAAGCGCUCCUUUGACAGGAUAUAAGUAUAAGCAUAGUUAGUAUCGGUUUGACCACAGUUCAUUUUGAAUAUAAUAAUUUAAAGGAUUUUGACAUUUAUAUUAAAAAUAAAUACUUAUUUCAUUAAUUUGUAUUGUAUUAUUAUGAAUUUAUGGAAUAAUAUUAAUAGAUUGCAUUAUACAUGAACAUGGCAUUUUAGGGCUUUUUUUCUAACGAAGUGUUGGGGGGGUUUGCAUUAUUUGUAGAUCAUGCUAUACAAUGUAAUAUAUGGUAAAAUAAAUCAAUAAAGUUCUAUAAAAUGAUUUAAUGUGAUGCAAUGACAAACCACUGUUUUUUUCAAUUUAUUUGUUGAAUUUAAAUCAUUACUUUUUAUGGAAUUCACAGAUAACUUGGUUUCAUGAUUAAUAAACAACAACCUGAAGAAAGUUAAGACAUAAGCUCAGAUUUAUUCACGUACACAUAUAAGUUAAAGUGGAGAGGAAAUAAAUUAUUAAAAAUUUUGAUAACGCUCAUUUGCUUUUCAUAUCAUUAUAUAUCUUGAAGAUGAUAAAUUUAAAUGGUAGCAAAUAUAAAUUUCAGAAGUUAAAAAUUCUCAGUGGUAAAAAAAAAUUUAUUUUUUUUUUGAACAUUUAUUUCCUCAACAGUUUCCACAUUAGAGAGUUAAGUACUGUAAAAUUGAUUUUUUUAAAAAUGGUUCCUUGUUUUUUAUUUUCACUUCAGAUAGAAACAAAAAAUGUCUACCUUUAAUUUUGGCAAUGUAGCAACGGUUACAAGCGCUGCAGCUUCCCCAUUGGCAUUUAACUUUGCAAAAACAACCACUUCAAUGCUGAACCCAUCUGCUUCUACUCAGUCUACUGGUUUCAGUUUUGGAAUUAAUAAGACUACAGCUUCUACUGGUCUAUUAGGUAAAAUACUCACUUAUAACAUUUUCAUACUAUGUUAGAUUUUGAUCGGAAUAUAGUUGUACUUUAAUUACAAUUUCCUGUUUUUAGAACAUGUUAUUAUUUGUUAUUUAAAAGAAUUUACAUCAAGUGAUCAAAUCAAUAUUAGUAAUAAAGAAUAUGGUUUAUAUUCCUUAUAUCAUUAUCAAUAAAAUAAUAUUGUUUACAAUUGGAUUACAGCCACCCCAUCAACUACUCCCAGUAUGAGCUUCAGUGGAUUUGGAACAACCCCAACCAGUACUACCACAGCUGCUGGGUUUUCCAUGGCAACAGUACCAGCCUCUACAGCUCCAUCAACACAAGGUGGCUUCAGUUUUGGAAAGACAACAGCAACUACUGCAGCUCCUAGCUUUGGUACAGUAUUGAUUUAUGUCUUUUCAUAUCACAAUCUGCAUUUAAACCAUUUCACAAAUGACUGAAUUGUGAGGCAGAAUGAAAGAUCAAGUUAUAGGUACAUCACAAAGGACAAUGUGGGUGGGUGGGGGAGAGUCUGCAAGUAUUAUUAAAAAAAAAAUAAUUGUGUGCAUCAGACUAGGGAAGGAAUAGAGGAAAAGAAAGUUGCAAGCUGUCAAGGAAGGGUAUGUCAGGUAUAGUUAGCUUUGUGAAACUAAAUAAACAGUAAUAAAAAAAGAACAUAAUGAUACUACCAAAGUUGUAUUUCUUUUUUUAACAUCCAUUAACUAUAUUUUACUAGGGAACUCACUCUUGGGUUCUGCACCUACGUCCACUAGUACUGGUUUAACUUCAGGGCUGGGGGGGAUAUUUGGCACUCAGAUUGCUGCAACAACAUCAACUGCUGGCUCUAGCAUUUUUGCAUCUCUUCCUCCUACUACAACUACUACUGGGCUUGGUGGAGUGGACCCCAAUACAGUUCUUAAAUCAGGUGAGCUCAUUUAGUAUAUAUCUAAUAAUGCAUAUAUUUUAAAAAUAUGAAAGUUUGAGUUACCGGUACUUAUACUAACUGUACAUACAUUCAGACCUAAAAUUAAAAUUUACCAUAUGGAUUUCUUUUUAAUCUUAAGUUGUAAUAUGGAAACAUUUUAUACAUUGCCUAAGCUAAAAAGAAUAAUUGCAAAAUGUUUCCUCUUGUAACAAGCAUUUGCAACAUAUUAUUCAGCUGAAUACUAGUAACAAGUGUAAUUAUUAUUACUAAUAAAUUGAAAUAGUGCUAAUUAAUAAUAUUUACACUCUAAAAAUUCUUUGGGUUCUUUGGUUUUAUUUAAUAGGUCAUAACAGUGGAGCCGGUGCAGCAAGGUAAAUUUAAAUGAUUUUGUUUUUGUGCAAAUUAUAAUUUUUUUAUUGUAAGGUACUUAAAAUUGAAUUAGUUUAAUAUAUCAGAUAAUUAAGUCAUUAAAGUAAAUAUACAAGCAUUGCAAUCUGAAUAUAUUGUAAAAAUCUUGAUAUUAUUUUUCAGUAAGAAAAACCCAAAGUUUCAAUUCUUGAUAUUUUGAAAAGAAAUAAAAAAUUGGUACUUAAAACAUUUGAAAUUUGGUCCAUAGCAACAAAAAAACAAAAAAGUUUGCUAGCCGCAGCAUUUAACUAUUGUAAAAAUCUACUCUUUCAGAUAUAAUUUUUAAUGCAUGAGUAUUUUAAGAUCGAUUUUUCUUUUGUAAUGUGCUAAUUUUAUUAUGCAGUGAUGGCAAGACUCCUAAGGAAGUCGAAUUACCAGAACCUUUAGCAGCCACAGUGGAACCACUGCUGUAAGUAUAAAUGAAAUUAAUUUUAUUUUUAAUACUUCUAAUUUCCAUCAGGUUUUUGCUGAACACUCUGUGAUAUUGAUAUUUAAUGAUUUAUUCUGGAUAUUUCUCUUGUAAUGUUUCUUAUCAUUGCAUUAUUUUAGCAAAUAUAUGAAAGAAGAAAAGGCAGUGAGGGAAGACAUUGCUCGCAUGUCUUCCAAACCAAUGAUAAAAGUUCAAGAAGAUGUGACAGCCCUUAGGCAACUGCUAUCAGUUGUUGCAAAUGGUCUACAGAGAAAUGCUUGCUCAGUCGAAAAAUUAAAACAAGAAAUCACACAGGUAUAAGAAACAUUGUAUUUGAGUAUUUUGAGCUUGUGAAACGACAAACAAAAAAAUUAAUUUACAUUUAAAUUUAAAUGUGUUAUAAAAAUAAUCUUAUUUAAGAUAUUCACUGUUAUUUACACACACCAUCCCACACAACUCCCUGUGUUUAAAGUUGAAGACAUCAAAGUAUUGCUGAAUACUAGUACUUUAUUACAAUGUCAUUGGUAAUUUCAUUGUUUAGUAAAAGGUGUUUAUUCUUACUAGCCAAAAUCUAGACCAGUGGUUCUUAAAAUUUUCUAAUCCACUGGCCUCUUGAGGCCAUCAAUAUAUCCAUACCGCACCCUUCUAACUUAACCUGUUCAAAUAAUUUUUCAGAAUAGUACUUUUGUACAAGCCUCUAAGGACAAUUUUAACAGCAUAAAAUGAGCAAGUUUAACAUAUAUAUUUGAACAUUUAAAAAUAAAGUUGAUUAUCUUGAUCCAUUGAUAUCAAGUCCACAAAGUAGGAUAAUUAUAUUAUAAAUCAAGAAUUUUUUCUUUGACCCUUGCACCCAUUAAACAUUAGGUGAACUGACGUAUUGUUGUUCACGUCGAUGCAUGUUCCUUGUUGACUUCAUAGGGUUGAAUGCAAUACCUCCUGGAGAACACGGCGUGAUUCUCAUUAUUUAAAAAACUUACUAGUUGACCAAAUUUCUUCUUCUGUUGAUAUACACUUUUUCAUAAUGGAGAAAUUUAACAGACUGGUCUAGACUGUAGUAGCUAACUUUCUUCACUGUUCAAAUGUUCUUAAUUUGUAGGAUGAGCUUUGUGAAGUGAUAUGAGUUUUUCAAUGUCUGGUUGAAAGCCACUUAGCAGGACACUCAAAUCGCCUGGUUCAGUAAUCUGGAGCCUAUUUCUUUGCUUGAGCAAAGUUGAACAGCCACUCUAAAACCAUGUUCCACCUAAUACAACUUGGGAAAGACAACAUUCCACAGUGCUUAAAGAUUUGAAAUUUCCUUUUGUGGCCACAACCCUUUUUUUCCCUAGCUUGUUACUUUGGCCUCAGCUCUAUAUCAUUUUUAAGCUUUUUUUUUGCUUUUCUUCAAAAGCACCGUCGCAGUAUUUGAAAAUUGAUUAAGCCUACUGAACCCCCCUUAGCAGUCACAACACCCCCUGGGGGUUGGGGUACAGCCCAAUUUGAGAACCACUGAUCUAGAUUGUUUUAUCUCUCAGUUUAAUAAGAUGACCUCAUUUGUCAGAAAGGACUCUAUUUUUUUAUUUUUUUUUAAUGCCAGCAGUAUCUUUUCCUCCCAGUAAGUCAAAUUAGAUUGCUUAGCCUUUUGUUCUCAUAAUAUGCAGGAAAUAUCAAAUUUAUCUACCUAGCACACUAAAUUAAGCAAAAGAGUUAUGUCUUUUUUAAAUUCCCCCACUUUCUUAGCCGAUUUUCCACUUGUUGCAAUGAUAAAAAAUUUUGCCCAUUUGGAUACAUAAAACUUUAUUUUGAAUGCCAAACUAAAUUUUGCCCGACAUUUAAACAAUCUGAUUUCAGAAACUUAAAAAUGCAGAGAUGGCUCAAAGAACAAGAGACAUACCUGCAGGCUUACAGUAUGAGAAUACUGCCCCAACAGAGUUAGUCCCAUAUAUUUUUUAUUGAAAAAUUAUUAUUACCAUUUCUGACUCAUAAGUUGUUGAAAAAGUAGAGUAAGGUAGCUAAUAAACUAAAUAAAAAAAAAAUAUACAUGCAUUUAUUUAUAAGGUCGAUAUGGAUUACUAGUUAAUCUAUGCAUUACAGAUAUUUUCAACAUUUAGUGGAAGAAUUUGAGGAAAGGAUGGUAACAUACAGGCAACAAAUUGAAACUCUGGACAAUCAUCUUGCAGCUCUCCAUCAACCUAACCCACAUACACCAUCAGGUUACACAUUUAUCUAUUAUUUUUUGCUAUUUUCUUGCUAUUAAAGAUGUAAAUCUAUAUUAUAUCUUCCUUUCAAGUGAUCCUGACAUUAUUUACAAGUACUUAUUACUUAUAUUUUAUAGAUAACAUUUUUUUUCUUCUUAUUUCACCCAAAUAGUAUUAACUUUAUGUGGGCUUAUUAGAUGGACAAGACCAUAUUCUUUUAACAUUAUAAAAUGUAAAGUUCAAUAUCAUUACCAUGAGAGGGUAUUUACUAGUUAGAGUAAUGCAGGGCUUGGGAAACUGUGGUAAAUCAAACUAAGGGUCAUUGGUAAGAGAUGGGCAGUAAUGUAAAUUCAGUGAGUGUCAAUAAAAUUGUACAAAACAAUUGAGGGGUAAGAUUGGCAUAAACAAAUAUUGGGUAUAGCUAUUAAAGUUCCCUGUACUCUGCCAUAUGGCUUGUUCUUUUAGGAUAUUGAAAUGGUGACUUAUAUCUCCACAGAGGUGUUGUCUUUGUUGAAAAAGUUGCAUGAGACAUUCAUAUCAUUAGCUGCCCAAUUACAACAAGUCCAUGAAGCCGUCAAGGUAAUAAUUUUAAUGUCUUACUAGUGGCAUAUUUUUGGGAAAACAUUGUUAUAUUUUUUAAAACUGUUUUAUCUAGAACAUUAAGAGUUACCCUGUUGUUAUAUUAUUGUUUAUUCUGCUGUUUGUAUUUGUAAACAACAAAAUUGGUUUUAGAGACACAUUUCAAUUGUAAUCAUAUUUUAUAUUUUGUUUACAGAGUCAAAAAGAGCAAUUUUUAACUUACCGGCGAGUGUUUCAUGGAGAUUCUAAGAAUAUCUUUCACAAACCCACACCUGUUAUAAAAGCUACAAAAAGGACACAGUUUUUAGACUUGGCCGGUCCAAGCCCCUUUCCUGGUUCAACUAAUGCUGCAGCACAUGCAAUGGCAAUGGUACACAUACGUGCGCAACAACCCCAAGGUAAUUUAAAAUAUUGUAAUAAAUUGUAUAGAUUAUUGUGCUUUUGAUACACUUUUAAGAAUGUGUAAGUGGUCAUCAUGAAGAUAAAUAAUUUGAGUUUUGUUGGAGCUUGGACCAGUUAGUUCAUGUAUUGUUAUGCUCUAGCAAUAACUCUUUUUCAUGCCAGGUCCCCCAAUAACAAGUUUAGUAGGAGGCUCCCAUUCAGCAUUUGGAUCAACAUUCGGUGGUGGGAUGUUUGGAGCACCAAAACCAAACACAGGUUGGACAUCUAUGGCCAUGAUUUUUUGUUGUAGCUACUUUGUUUCUAGUUUCUCUUUAACAUGUUACUUUAAUAUUUAUAUUUACCUUGCUGUGUUGUAUUGCUGCAAAUAUGUAAAUAUGUUACAAAUUUUUAUAAAAAGAUAAAUAAGUAUACUCUGUAGUACCACUGACUGAACAGGUUACUCUUACAAUUUUGGCGUACAAUGUACGAUUUUAAGAUGUCGCCCUCUUGACACAUUUAGUUAACCUUAGCUUUUGUUUGCCACAGGGUUGUUUGAGGUAAUUUAGUGACAUAUUAUUUCGUUCUUCAUCUGAACCUAAUUUUCCACAAGCAUUUUUUCAGUUUUUCCCCAAUUAAGUUUAGAAUGACUCAAACAUAAAUUCAAGUAUAAACCUUUGGUGCAUCCCAGUAUUUACAGUUUUUUAAAAUUGUUCUAUGUGACUUUGGAAUGCGUCCUUGAUUUUUUGCUCCCCCACCCCAUCUUUGUCGCUCAUCAAAGUGACCUUUAGUUAGGGAAUAUUGACUGUAUACAUUCAGUGGUGUAGCUUGGGUCAGUGCCACCCUGGGUGACCCGACCGAUAAUUUACUGCCCCUACAAUGGAAAAACUUCAGUUGUUCCAAAUUGCUGCAGCUCCAUAAAGAGAAAAAAGGUGCCCCCCAGAGUGGACCACAUCCACUUCCUAUGCCAUUGCAUAGGUUAACUGUAUGUUUGUUUACUUACAAUUAUGAUACAGUAUUGGAAAGGAAAUUCUUGAUUAACAAGAACAUUCUCUGUAAAGAAAGACAUACUUUUUUUUUUUCCAAAAUUUUAAAACAUUUCUUUAACAAAUUCAACAUAAAGUUUUUCAAAGUAUAGAAGCAAUAGUGGUACAAAAAUUAAGAAAAAUAAAUUUACAUUUCUUUUGUGUUCAGCUACUUAAGUUACACAUACUAACAUGGUAAAAUAUGUACUUUAUCUGUCUUUGUCUAUGUAUUUUAUAAUUUUUUUAGUAGUGUUUAGUUUUAUUUCACUUAGUUUUGUUCCUGUAUUAAACUUGCAUGAUACCAGUUCAUGUAAACAAUACUCUGAUAUGCAAAAGUGUAGGGUGUCUGCUUUAUGGUGGAAGUUUCCAUUUAACUCUAAGCAAAUAACAUUUGGGUUUUAAAGUUGGCUGAAGUAGAGUUCUUUUUAAACUUUUCUCAACACAGCCGCUUUGAAAUUAGCAAGAUCUCAAAACUGAAGAAUUUUUGUUUGGUCACCAUCUAAUCCUUUGAGGUGAGCAAACAAAACUAAAUAAUUUUUCUUUUGGUGGAACCGAAAAAGCAGAUCAGUAAAAUGGCUAGGUCAGGGUUAACUAACCAUUCCUCUGCUAUGCUGUGACUGCCCUUGUGUGAAUACAUCUUGUUACUCCACUUUCAGGAUUUGGCAACGGCAUCUCCAGUGUUGGCGCAAGUAUUGGUGGAGUUGGAAAUCUGUUUUCCUCUACAUCGUUGACAUCAUCUCCUUCCACCGGCGGAUUCGGAACGCCCCCCACUUUGGGUGCUUCGACUACAGCCGCGCUCAAUCUUGCUGGAACUAACCUAAAUGUUUCAGCCAACACAAAACAGCCUUUUCAGCUGCAGAAGCCACCCCAAGGUGCUAAACGGGGAAAGAGAUAAGGAAAAUACUUAUCUUGGCAGUUUUAAUAAUGGUCUGCUCAGUGAGUCCUGAAGUUUAAGAAAGGAUAAAAUGUUAAGGAAUUUUUAUAGUUUAUGAUAUUCAGUAAACUCGAACCUGUACAGGUGCCAUGCUUAAUUGUUAUGUAAAGAUGAAUAGUUUCUUUUUAAAAAAUCGUGUAAUAUGUACUGCUUACAAUGUUUAUCUCAAAAAUUUAGUUUUUGAUAUUACCUUGCAAUCAUUUGCUAAUGAGAGUCUUUAUAUGAUAUGUAUGGAAAAUUAUAAAUUAUCAGAAAUUCCCAAAUAAAAUGUAUUUUCAACUAAUUGCUUAAGCAUCACUCUUAAAAAUUAAUGUACAGCUAAAGAAGGUUACAUUUAUAAUUGUUAUGCAACUACAUAAUUUUAAAUAAUAAAUGAUACAUUUU